CACAAUAAGCAAUUAAGUGAACAACUAUAUUAAGAAUGAAGAAGAUCCUCAUUUUCUUUUUUGUUACACUCUUAGUUACAUGUCAUGGUAACAUUCUAAACCAUGAUGAUGAUCAUGGUUCAAAUAACCAAAUUUUCCCACUUCGAGUGAAAUCUGGCUCAGGUGGCCAUUACAUUGAAGAAGUAUCAUGUGCUAGUUGGAGACUUGGUAUUGAAGCACACAACAUCAUAAAUUGGAAAACUAUACCAAAAGAAUGUGAGAAAUAUAUUGGGAACUAUAUGUUAGGUGAUCAAUAUAGAGCUGACUCUAAAGCAGUUAACCGUGAAGGUUAUUUCUAUGCAAAGACUCUUAAUAUAACAACUGGUAAAGACAUAUGGGUUUUUGAUAUUGAUGAAACUUCACUAUCAAAUCUUCCAUAUUAUGCUAAACACGGAUUUGGGGUGGAACCAUACAAUGAUACAUUAUUUAAUCAAUGGGUUGAUCUUGGAACAGCACCAGCACUUCCUGAAUCUAAAAAAUUGUACAAUAAAUUGUUGUCUCUUGGUAUCAAGAUUGCGUUCUUAACAGGCAGACCACUCAAACAGAAAGAAAUUACAGCUAAGAACUUGAGACGUGCUGGCUUUAAGAAAUGGGAGAAGUUAAUUCUCAAGAAUACAACCAUAUAUCAUGGUAAAACAGCAGUUACAUACAAAUCAUCUGAGAGAAAGAAAUUGGAGGAAGAAGGAUACAGAAUUGUUGGAAACAUUGGAGAUCAAUGGAGUGAUAUUCUUGGAACCAAUACUGGUGAAAGGACUUUCAAGCUCCCUGAUCCCCUCUACUACAUUGCCUAAUUAACCACUUUCUGUGCUUAAUUAAUGAUCUUUUAUUCUAUAUGCAAUAUAAUUCCUAUGAUAUGAUGAAAUUCAUUCCAAGCUAGCUAUCUUGUAUUUUCUCAAAUAAAGUUAAUUAUAAUAAAUUGCGUCAUGUCUUAUUCUGUUCAGAAAA